UAACAAGCGUUGCAUUGAAAGAGGGGUCUACGUGCCUGUUUCCCCGUUGCACCUAUUAACAGAGUAAAGCAAUUGUUGGAGCCCACGGAUUGCGUGUGUGGUUGAAUCAUAAGCCCGCAGUAAUUGUUGCACUUGCUGCACCUAAUCUAAUUAACGUGAGGAGAACUUCCACCAUACGGCACAAUGGAUAAGUACGUAACACUUGAGCAAUAUCAGGGAAUGUUCCGCAAGACGCGAUCAAUGAUGGCACAGGCCAACCUCCCGUCCCGCCCAAAACCCGUGGUUGACGGUAUCGUGCUUCCUCCGGGGACUGACCAGACCGUGAACGACCUCAAGAAGUUCGAGGUCAGAGAGGACGACGUGUGGAUCGUGACGUUUCCCAAAGCAGGGACAACAUGGACCCAGGAGAUCAUGUCCUGCGUGAUGCAUGAUGGGAACCUGGAGGAAGUUAACAAGAGACACACUGUGUUCCGGGUUCCCUUCCUGGAGUACGGCUUCCCCGAGCCGGUCCUUCGGAUGACAAAUAUGCCUCCAAUUUACAAGAUAGUCGCUGAGAUGCCAUCUCCCCGGGUCAUCAAGUCGCAUCUACCGGGCCAGCUACUGCCGCCUCAGAUGUGGACAAAGAAACCCAAGAUCGUCUACGUCAUGCGCAACCCCAAGGACCUCGUGGUCUCGUUCUUCUACUUCACGCGAAUGGUGGACCCUUCCCCGCAGAAACAGGCCCAAACUUUUGGGGAUUUCUUCGAUCAGGCACUGGAAGGAAAAACUUUGUGGGGUCCGUGGUGGGAACAUUACUUGCUCUUCUGGAGGAAGAGACACGAACCAAACAUCCUCGUGCUGCGAUUUGAAGACAUGAAGAGGGACCUGAGAGGAAUCGUCGAGCAGAUCAGUCAGUUCUUGGGCAAGAGCCUCUCAGCCAAGACACUGGAUGCCAUCACGGAACACUGCACCUUCGCCAACAUGAAGAAGAACCCCAUGGCAAACCCGGACACGCUAUUUGAGAAUCAAGGUGGACAGGGCACAGGCGACAAAACGUCUUUUAUGAGAAAAGGCAAGGUUGGUGAUUGGAGGUCCCACUUCACUGUGGCACAGAACGAAGCCAUGGACGCCCACAUUAAGGAGAAGCUGCACGGCACUGGGCUCAACUUUGAUUUUUAGCACCAAAUAUUCAGGGUGUAUUGUAUUUAAAAAAAAAAAAAAAAAAAGUAAUCGAAAAAUUGGCUAGUAUGUAAAAGUUAUGAACUUCAAAAAUGUCAAAGUUGUAUCUGUCGUAAAGGGUCAUUCAUUAGAUACCGUAUUUGCCUUUCUUCGACAUGGAUGAUUGGGCACCAUUGAUUUCAAAGAAAAGCCGAAAAACCUCUUUUUCCAAGUUUGCUGAAUAAGUGGUGAGUUCAGCUGUCCAAAUAAUGAGCUGUCGCUAUGGAAUAUUAGCAGUGCGGCUGCUAAGGGUUACCAAACACUUUAUUUUGAAUGAAAUACAUGCACACAGACAUGUUCAUGUUCUGUUUCUGUACAUCAUCUGGUUAGGAUCCGCACAAUGUUGACCUCUUAACGAAAAGCAAAUGCGCUCAGUGGUUUAUAAAUGUUCGAAUGUAGCACUAAUAAAUGUAUUAACUCAGUUUAAAA